AUGGUAAUGCCAUCGCAUGAUUCCGACCUAGAUAAAUUAGUUCCGCAUGACAGCGGUAAUUCGCAACACUCCAAUGCUUCGGGUAGCUCAAUUCCAUCAGUAUUUGCAAAAAGCAAGUUGAUCGGACUAGGCAAGUUGUUUGGCGGUAAUAAGCUGGAUCAUAAGCAGAAUGCUGGUCACUCUGCUCAAGAAAAAGUCUUUGAUAGAGAACAGCUAAGUAGUGGCCGCGAGUUCCUGGGCCAUUUGCUCUCUCCGAAGAUGUCUAAUUCGUCAACAGGUUCACAUGGAAAGACACAGUCGCCAACGCGACUACAGGAGCAAGCAAAAGUCAACAAUUUUGGAGGAAACAACUCUGAUAGUACUAAUGGCAGCAGUGCUUACAGUGCUUCUGGUGAUCCCACCUUAAUUGCUGUGGCUAAUCCUUCAUCUCAUCAUUUCCAUAAUCCUCUGAAUUAUAUCACUUUGAGCCCGUCAUCAUCGUCUGAAUUAGCUCACAUGCAUCCGGUAGAGAUCCUGCAGAAACAGAUCGAAGAUCAACAAAAACUCAGCAGAUCGAGAAACACCAGUUCUUCGAGUGUACCAAAGCUGUCUACUAAAAAGAGUGGCGAACACAGAGAUAAGACUAAGAAACCGCUGAGACUGAAAAGGUUCUUUAAGAAGUUGCACGACGACGCGAUUGCAUACACUAAAACGAAACUUGAGGAAGAGCAAAAACUGGAGAAAGACUUAGAAGACCUCUCUGUGUCAUCAUCGCAUGGAGUGUACGUAAGAACAGAUGAAUCUCAAACAACCCAUAAGACAAUUUUCCAAACUGAUAAUGCCAAGGAGCUCAUCGAUAAAUAUGGAAUACCGGGCAGAAAACUGGGCGAAGGUUCCUCAGGUUCUGUUUCUGUUGUGGAGCGGACCGACGGCAAGAUGUUUGCUGUUAAGAUGUUUAGACUUCGCAAUACGAAAUCGAAGCAAAAUCAGUUAGCAUUUUCGAAGAAAGUAACCGCAGAGUUUUGUAUUGGCUCAACUUUACAUCACCCGAAUAUCAUCGAGACGUUGGAUAUGUUACAGGAGGGCAGGACAUACUUAGUGGUUAUGGAAUACGUCCCGUAUGAUUUCUUCACAUUAGUCAUGAGCGGCAUGAUGACAAAACUCGAGAUCGCUUGUUAUUUCAAGCAAAUCUGCAGUGGUGUCCACUAUUUACAUUCCGUGGGAUUGGCCCACCGUGAUUUGAAGCUGGACAACUGCGUGGUAACUUCGCAAGGUGUCUUGAAACUUAUUGAUUUCGGUAGCGCGGUGGUUUUCCAAUAUCCCUAUGAACCAGAUAUUGUGCAAGCAAAGGGAAUCGUAGGCUCCGACCCAUACUUGGCUCCCGAGCUCCUCGUACGGGUCUCGUAUGAUCCAAGGCCAGUUGACGUAUGGUCGAUUGCGAUUACUUUCUAUUGUAUGUCUUUGAGAAGAUUUCCAUGGAAAGCGCCGCGCACAAAUUACACUUCUUUUAGGUUAUUUUGCGAGGAGGCUGACGAUCCAAGAGAUACUACAAAAGGACCGUUCUACAUAUUGAAGUUAUUACCUCGAUCAUCAAGGAAAGUUAUUGGUCAAAUGCUCAAAAUUAACCCCAAAGAGCGUAUUUUAAUGGAUGAUGUAAUGAAAGAUGAAUGGGUACAAUCGAUAAACGCAUGUGAACCUGAUCAAGAUGGAAAUGUUUCGCCUCCGACAGAUCAUGAACAUCAUCUGAUAACAGAGGAUGAGCUGAACAGAAAAGUCGCGGAAGAGGCCAAGAUGGCUCAAGAGAAAGAAACAGCUGAACAAGAAGGAAAGGCCAAGCAUACACAGGGACAUGGGCAUUCUCAUGUCCAUUCGCAUUGUUCUCACAGUCAUCACCGUGGUCAGUGUCAUAAGCACCAUCACAAGCAUUCUCAUGAUGUAAAUCGGCAAUCACAAAAUCAUUCGUCUCAGCCAUCGAUUGAUCAGACUGAGUCACGCGAGGACAAUAAAGAACAUGAGCAUACUGAUUUGAACACUUUGGUAGACGUCGCCGAUGAAGGAAGACGAAACGGACAAAUUCCUUCAUAA